GAGAUGGACUGCUCCAGUUGGCUGCUCUUCUAGGGACAGCUGAAUCAAGGCUUUUGGUCUCUUUCUAGAGAAAUAUUUCCUCAUCCCUUCGUGUCUAAGGACAUUUUGUUUUGUGCUGAAAGAAAAUCAGAUAGUGUGUGGUUUCAAAACUCCACUGAUCCCACCAACAUGAAAACAGAGAGUUGCCGGGGAAAGAACUCUCUGAAAGCUAUUAGGGAACAAAAGAAAUGUCAGCCCUUCCAGGAUAUUUCUACUUAUUUUUCUGAAGAAGAGUGGGCAAAACUGACCACGUGGCAGAAAAGUGCCUACACGUAUAUGAAAAGAAACUACAUCAGAAUGACGAGCCUAGGGGUUACAGUCAACCAACCAGUUUUCAUGCGUUGCAAGGAACAUGUCAAAGAAUCCCCGGUGGAAGUUAAAGCUAAAGCUGAUGGCCCGGAUAAUAAAGGAGUCAAUACUGUUCGGGUGAACGCCUGGACCCAUCGGUUGCGGGUAAGGAAGAAUCGAAUAAUAUAUGAAGAGAUAAGUGACCCCGAAGAAGAAGAAGAAGACGACGACGACAACGAUAAUGAUGAUGAUGAGGACUGA